AUGGCGUCACCGUCGCCAAACCAGCAACCUGAAGAAACUCCCUACCAAGAUGUCAACGGCGAUUAUGACGAAGACGAGGCCCUCAAAGCUGCUAUCGCAUCAUCUCUAAAGCAGGAAGCAGAAAAGCCCAGAACCUCGGAGCAGAAGCCUACACCCAAAGGCACCAAGACUCUAGACCAGGUAGUCAAGGUCGUCGGUCCGGACUCCUGGUUGCUGGAUAGGAAGAAAAUGGAAGAGGCGCGCCUACAGCGGCUUCGCAAACGAACGGCUGAAGAUGCCUCGCUUGAUGGGCCGCAAGGCAAACGACUGAAAAUACCAGCAACACCAGGAUCGACUGAUCCAACUACAUUGAGGCAGGAUGCGUCAGCUUCGAUUUUAAUGGGUGUCACGACCUCGAAUAGAAAUCAAGUCACGCGCCAAGUACCGGAGCUACGCUUCCCGAGAGGAGUCGUCAAAAGGACGUGGGUGCAUGGUUUUCCGCGCACAAAUGACGACAUCAAGAUUGAAGAAGUCCUCGAGAAGGACAAGCUCGAGCUAGCUGUCGUGUCAUCUUUCCAAUGGGAUGAGCCCUGGUUACUUUCCAAAGUCGACACUGCCAGAACAAGAAUGGUAUUCAUUGCGUAUGCAAAGAACGGUGCCGAGCAAGAGACAUUGAGAGCCAGCGUACCGAGCAGCCGAAUCAAACUCUGCUUUCCUCCCAUGUACGGCAUUGGCUGUAUGCACUCAAAGUUGCAACUGUUGAAGUACCAAAAUCACUUGCGCAUUGUUGUGCCAUCUGGUAACCUGGUCCCUUACGACUGGGGAGAGACGGGAGUACUCGAGAACAUGGUUUUUCUUAUUGAUCUCCCACGAAUCGUUCAAGCGUCAGGUGAUGGAGAUGCAAUCCGAGGAAAUGAUGCCGCGGGAGUUUCCUUUGGCACCGAGCUGCGACGCUUCCUUCGGGCACAGGGACUGGACGAAAGUCUGGUCAAGAGCCUCGAUAACUUCGACUUCACUGAGACGGAGCGCUUCCGUUUCAUUCACACCAUUGCUGGAGGCCACACGGACCAACUAUCCGGGGAGACAGGAUACCAUGGUUUGAGCCGUGCCGUGCAUUCAUUGGGCUUGUCAACCGAUGAGCCUAUCACAGUUGACUAUGUGGCUCAACAAGAUCAAAACGAUGGAGGGAACCAGCCCAGCCGGCGGAACACCAAAACCGCACUCAAUGCGACAGAUAGCCAGAAGGCGCUCGGGGUUAAGAUGCGGAUAUACUUUCCCACGGAAGACACAGUCGCGAGAAGCCGAGGCGGCAAGGCUGCUGGCGGCACAAUCUGUUUCCAAGAGAAGUGGUGGGGCUCUGCAACGUUCCCACGAGAAAUGCUUCGAGAUUCGAUCAGUACAAGGCCUGGAGUUCUCAUGCACGACAAAAUCAUUUUUGUGCAGCCCAACAGUACAGGUGGCCAAGACGACCCAGGAGCGGGAUGGGCCUACGUCGGGAGUGCCAACUUGUCGGAAAGCGCGUGGGGUCGACUCACAAAAGAGCGGGGAUCCGGCAGGGCAAAACUCACGUGCCGAAACUGGGAAUGCGGCGUCCUCGUCCCCACUCGGACCACAGGCGAUCGUUCAAGCGGGGGGCUUAGCGGUGCAGGCGAGGCUGGGAAGAUGCUCGAGGCAUUUCGAGGAGCGGUGCCGGUACCCAUGGUAGCACCGUCAAGGGCCUAUGGCACUUCAUCGAAUGACACGGCUGCUGAUCGACCGUGGCUCUUCAUGAAGCGCUAUUAG